CCUGACGGCUUGGGCACCUCCACUCCGGUCCGCUCCCCAAGGGGUCGGGGGCCCCUCUCCGUAGCCAUUCGGCCUCGAGGGAGGCACUCCCUGCGCAGGGCCCGCCGGCCAGGGGCCCCGAGGCCCAGCCUCGAUCCCCCACGCCGGCCGGGGGCAUGGAGCCGGCGGAGGAGGCGCCGCCCGCGGCGGGAGACGGGGCGCGGGCCAGGCUCGCCUACCUCCUCGCGCCGCCUGGCAAGGUGGCCGCGGGCGCCCAGGACCCGCCCCUCGGCGCCUCGGCGGCGGGCGCGUCGGCGUCCACCGAGGCCGGCGAGGACCGCGCCGCGAGCGGCUCCGAGGCCGCGACGCCUCCGAGGCGCGCGGCGAGGCCUCUUACGGAGGCGGGGGCGCCGCCCGCGGUGCUGGGCAUCGCCAGCGCGGAGUGCCGGGGGUGCGGCGCGCCGGAGGCGAAGACGGACAGGGUCCUCGCGGAGCUCGGGCUGGUAAACAUCUACUGCGAGCGGUGCUGGGGCUCCUGGGAGCGCUGCGGCUGGUGGCGCCCGACCGUGCGCAUCUCCACGACGCCGCCGCCGCGCGGCCCCGCGGACGGCCUGCCGGACUACGGGCCGGAGGCCGUCUUCUGCCUGCCCGCCUUCCUGUGCGGCCACGAGGACAUGUCGCUGCUGGCGCAGCUGUCCUCGGACCUGCCACAGGGCCGGGAGUUUUCGGACUGGCACGGCGCGCGGCACCUCGGCAUGCAGUUCGAGGGCUCUGGCGCCCGCCACGACGGCGCGGAUGCCCCGCCCGCGCUGCAGAAGCUGGUGGCGAAAUUGGAGGCGGCGUUCGGCAUUCGGGCCUCGGCCUCGAGGCUGAACCUCUACAGGUCCGCGGAGGACUACAAGCCGUUCCACUACGACCGCGGCAGGGACAGCCAGGGCGUGCCACAGGUCACGGUGGGCGCCUCCUUCGGGGCCACCCGCGAGCUGACGCUGAUGCACGUGGCAUCCGGCGUGACCAUGGAGUUCCCCAUGCACAACGGCGACGUGUUCGCCUUCACCCCCGAGGUCAACAGCGUGUUCAUGCACGGGGUGCCGAGGGCGAAGGCGAGGGGCGGUGCCGGCGAGCAGCCGCGGAUGUCGCUGAUCCUGUGGGGCUCCAGGGUGCAGCUACUCGGCGAGCGGCCGUGACCCGCGCGGGGGGCGCCUCUGGCCGCCGAGGGGGGGCGGGCACCUGGGGGGAGCCGGAGCCAUCGCGGUCGAGGCGGGAGCCUGCAGUGGGGGCAUCAGCUCCUCGGCAGGGAACGGCUGCCGUACGGUGGGGCGCACGGCAGCGAGAAGGUCUUGCAGAAAAAGGUAAUGUGGGCACGUUGGUGAAGUCGGAUGCCGAUAGCAGCACGAAGGAGGAGACCGUGUGUGGCCUUCUGACCGCGCUGAACCUGCAGCAGUUCAAGCACAGGAGCUGGCCGUCGGCAGUCGCGAAAGCACUGAACGCAAAGGCCAAGAAGCACGCCGACGCCGCUACAGCGAAUAAGCUGCAGGCCGAUCGCAGCCCGUACCACCAGAUGCCGCUGUCGCCAGACUCGGUCCUGUGUAGGCCCUCUUGGAGAAGGCGUCGAAGGGCGCCCAGGUCGGGCUCCUGCUCAGCGAGCGCUUCGUGAACCUGCCCCCCGAGCUGGUGGGGCCGCUCCACGGCGCGCUGCAGG